AUGGCCGGGGGCGCUGGGACCACAACAGACUGGGAGUAUAGAGCCGGCAGCAUAGAAAGCAACGUCUUCCGCAUCCCCCCUGCCCCUCGCCGUCGAAAACGCAAGGCGCGAGAAGAUGACGUGCUCGCUCGCUUGAAGCACUACGAGGAGUUGCUCCGAGAUCAGGGUAUCGAUCCAACUCCUCCAUCCACCACGCCCAGCAAAAUCGACGCGACGUCUUCUCCGCUUGACGAUGCCGACAAUCCCAGCAAAUCCGGGUCCAAACCCGCAGAGCCGCCGUGGACGAACGGUUCAGUCCAGGGGAGGCUGAUCAUCGACCAAGGCAGAGCUCGGUUCAUUCAGAAUAAACUGUGGACCACUGUCAGCGAAGAGCUCCAUCAUAGCAAAGAUGUCAUCCCGGACACGGACACGGAGAGCGAGGAUGAGUUGGACACUCUUGCUGACGACAGGACCGACUUCGUCCUCGGCGUGACGCCUUCCCCAGCUCAGACGGCGAGCCUGCACCCGAGUCCCGAGCAUGUCCUCAAACUGUGGCAGAUUUUCCUCACCAACGUCAAUCCGCUCAUGAAGAUUGUCCAUCAACCGACCCUACAGCGCACCAUUGAGGAAGCUAUCCGCGACUUGGACCAUAUCCCCCGUGGGCUUGAAGCCUUGAUGUUUGCUAUCUAUGGCGGCGCCGUCCUGUCCAUGCGUGACGGAGAAUGUCAAGCAACCUUUGGCGAGUCUCGGACAGUCCUGCAGUCCAGAUAUCGACUGGGCAUACGUCGAGCCUUGACAAAAGCGAGAUUUAUGGCGACCUACGACAUUGUCGUCCUACAAGCACUUGUCAUCUAUCUUCUCACUACACGUCAAGCCCUGGACGCACGCACUCUAUGGACAUUGUCAGGUGUUGCGAGUCGUAUAGCCCAAGGCAUGGGCGUGCAUCGAGACGGCACCGUCCUUGGCCUUCCCCCUUUUGAAACAGAGAUGCGCCGUCGGCUUUGGUGGCAAAUCAACUUGCUCGACUUUCGGGCGGCCGAGCUGAGUGGUUUUGGUGGCCUGACGGAAGUCAAUUGGUGGAAUACCAAGGUGCCGUCAAACGUCAAUGACGUGGAAAUCUGGCCGGGCAUGAAGGAAUCACCCGUCGAACAGACUCGCCCAACCGAAAUGGUGGUCUGCUUGCUGCACUAUUCUGUCGGCGCUUUCUGGAGGCGGAAGCUCUUGGAAGCGGGCACCCCCGAGGAAGAUCUCAACCGGGCUAUGCAACGCUGGGUGGCGACCAAGACAUUGGCCGAAAAAGAUGCGUUUGUCGAUGAAUUCCAGGCUAACUUGGAAGAAACGGUGUUGAGAUAUUGUGAUCCUUCUAUCCCGCUCGAAAUGAUGGCUUUGAUCUAUGGGCGUUCCAUGUGCAAGAGCAUCAGAUUCAUGUCGCAUCAUCCUCGGCGCUACGCGAACCAAGAGGAUAUUCCUGACAGCGAACGCCGACUUCUGUGGAAGACGAGUAUGGCACUGAUGGAGGCCGACAACCUUGUGCAUUCUCAUCGCUCCCUUCAGAGAUUCAGUUGGCACAUUGAUGCAGGGUUCGCGUGGCAUUCCUUUAUAUUUGCCUUGGGAGAGCUUAUUGCAAGGCCAACCGGCGAAGGCAGGGACGAGGCGUGGAUCCAGAUUGAGGAUGUUUUCAAGAACCAUCCCCCAUUCGUUUCCGACCAAAAGAAGCCGCUUCACAUCGCGAUCGGCAAUCUAUGCCUGAAGGCGUGGCGAGCUCGUCAAAAGGCGCAAGAGGAGGACCCUCAAGGCUUGCAGUGGCUCGAUACGCCGCAAUUCAUUCUACAGCUUCGCAAACAGCGAGAGGUUCAAGAAGGGAAGAGAUAUAACAGGCGAUCUGCAGCACUGAACCCGACUCCUACUCUUCAACCCGAAGACACCAACCUAGAAGGAGAAUCGCAGCCACCAGAUAGUUCGACCGCAGAACCCAUGGCGAGCAUCCAGCAAUUUGAACAGCCAGUCGGUAGCUUGGACCCUACAUUUUCGCCACACGACUUCUCGAUCAUGGACAACAUAGCCAUGGAUUGGCAACGAUGGGAUACCCUCCUCAAUGAUUUUGAACUGCUUACCCAGCCAAGCACCAUGAAUCCUGGCCAUCUGCAACAUCUUGGACAGUAUGGUCAACAAGGGUAUUCAUGGCCGCUGUCGCAAAUUCAAGACAACCAAUGA